GGCUUUUACUAGCUUUUGCAUGGCUUGUAUUGCUUGGUCGUUUUUGCUGGAUUUGUGCGGCUGCGUUUGCUUGGUUGCACUCAUCUCAUCUGCUAAUCAAUUAAACGUCUUUCAUCCACUCACGUCAUCUUCUGAUUAAUAUCCCAACAUCCACUCAAAAAGGGCCGUUGGUUUAGAGUUUCCGGUACUUCCGAUACUUCCAACGGCCCCAAAAUGGAUCAUUCGACUGAUCAGACUUAGAGUAGUACUACAUUAGCAUCGGCCAAUGCCGUUGACCAGGAAGCUGCAGCAGACAACACAGUUUUAAUCAGGGGCAUGGAUCUUGAUGUUUUCAACGCUGCAAAAGAAGGCAAAAUUGAUGUCCUCAAGGGGAGACACGAUCUUGACCAAACAUUGACUUCAACCAAGAACACAGUCCUCCAUAUUUAUAUAGCUUCUGCAAGCAGCCCAAAUUUCGUCGAACCAGAAGAAAAAGGGCUGAGGCCACCCAGCGUUGUGGAUAAAAUCCUUCAAAAGUGUCCAGCACUGCUAUCGCAAAAGAACGAGAGUGGCGAUACUGCCUUACACAUUGCGGCCAGACAUGGGCGUGUUGAUAUAGUUGAACUUCUUAUCGACAUUGCAAAAGCUGGUCGUCGUGAAGACCUUGAGAAUGGGCCCUCAUCAUCAGCAGUAGAAGCCUGGCAGUGGCAGAUGCUCAUAAGGGAAACCAAUAAGGAGAAGGACACAGCCUUGCACUUUGCAGUGCGAUUUAAUCACUUUCGUGUGGUGAAGAUAUUGACCGAAGAAGACCCUGACUUUUCCUACUCUGCUAAUGAUGCUGGGGAGACUCCUCUUUAUUUGGCUGCCGAGAGGAGAUACAAAGCUUUGUUCUACGAAAUACUUAGUACUUGCACGGAUCCAAAUUACCAAGGCCCCAAUGAAAGAACGGCUUUGCAUGCUGCUGUCAUUUACGGUGAUGAAGAAAUGACCUUAGAAAUACUAGAGAAGAAAAAGGAUUUGGCGAUAGCAGCAGACGAACAAGGGUGGACCCCACUUCACUACGCUGCACUCUCUGGUUGUACUUCAAUUGUAAAACAACUUCUGCAAGCUGAUAGAUCCUCUGCCUACAUUGUUGACAAAGCUGAUAAGAAGACCGCUCUUCACAUCGCAGCCUCCAGAGGCCAUAUAGGUGUAGUGAAAGACCUUAUUUCUCAUUGUCCUGAUUGUUGUGAACUGGUCGACCAAAGACGUCGAAAUGCUCUUCACUAUGCUUUGGAGAAACAUCAAUCACGAAUCACGACUUUUGUUCUAAAGGAUUCAUGGCUUAGCAACAUCCUCCUAAAUGCCAAGGACGUUGACGGCAACACACCCCUCCAUCUACUCGAUGUUUCUCUCUUCGGGACUCGUUUCAUUGGUGAUGUUAGAGUUGAUAAGAUGGCAUUCAAUAAGGAAAACAUGAACGCUCUUGAUGUCAUUAUAGCAGAUGAUUCAAGAAAUGAGAUAUAUCUGGAACAAGCUUUGAAAAAGAAUGGUGCAGAAUCAGGCCAUCGAAUUCUAAGCAAAAGUUAUGGUGGCCAUCGGAAAUUGAAGGAAAACAAAGGUCGUGAAUACACUGAUAAAACGAACAAUGUCAGGGAAGCCCAUCUGGUAGUUGCUGCCCUCAUAGCAACUGUAACAUUCGCAGCAGGUUUCACCAUCCCUGGUGGUUACCAAAGUGAGAAAGGACCAGAGCAGGGUUUUGCAGUUCUAUCAAAAAAUGCAGCUUUCAAGGCCUUUGUUAUAACAAACACACUCGCCUUGUGUAUAUCCAGUUUCUCUGUCUUGAUGCACCUUUAUGUAUCGAUGCACACAAAGCGAAAGGGGAUUUCUACAGCGUUUGACGAGGUGUUGUAUAUCACUAUGUCGGCUUUAAUUUUGAUGGUGGUUGCAUUCAUUUCAGGGACAUAUGCAGUAUUAUGUCAUUCCCCGGGACUUGCCAUUACGGCUUGUGCGAUUGGCUGCUUUUUCUUCCUUAUCUUGACUCAUGCCAUACUUCUUGAAAUUUCCCCUCCCUAUCAACGGCUUGGACAAUUCAUAGGAGAGGCAUCAUUAUGGAUGACGAGGAUGUGGAUAACAUUCCUGUCACUUUGGCAUUUUUCAUUUACUGAUAACUUUUGUCACAAAACGUUUGAUUCUUUACGUUUACGUGUUAAUAAUUGGAGGGGAAGACUCUCAUAAACGUUUGAUUCUUUGUUGUGUUAUGUUACAUAAUGUUUGUUACUA